GUAUUCAUGUAUAUGAUGUCUAAUUUCUAUAUUAAAAUUAAUUUCAGGCAUUGGUGAUACCAGAGAAGUUCCAGCACAUUCUUCGUGUUUUGAACACAAAUAUAGAUGGACGGCGCAACAUUAUGUUUGCCCUUACAGCUAUCAAGGGUGUUGGUCGUCGUUAUGCCAACCUUGUAUGUAAGAAGGCUGAUGUAGAUCUCAGCAAGAGGGCUGGUGAACUUACUGAAGAAGAGAUUGAGCGAGUGAUGACAAUUAUUCAGAAUCCUCGUCAGUACAAGAUCCCAGACUGGUUCCUCAACAGACAGAAGGAUGUCAAGGAUGGUAAAUUCACACAGGUGAUGUCUAACUCCCUUGACAACAAACUUCGUGAGGAUUUGGAGCGACUGAAGAAAAUCAGAACACACAGAGGUCUUAGACAUUAUUGGGGUCUGCGUGUGAGAGGCCAGCACACAAAGACAACAGGCCACACUGGUAAAACAGUUGGUGUGUCAAAGAAGAAGUAAAUUGUAUAUUCAUUCUGUCAAUAAAAAAAAGCAAAGAAA